AUGGGUCUUGAUGAAGCCUCGCUUAGUCCUGAAAUGCGCUCCGUUUGGAGCUGUCCCGACUGUGUGCGGGCAAUUCCAAGAGCAUCAAAUAAUGAUAAUACCCCCCUACGUAACGUUUCAACCAUCAGAGGCAAUAAAAGACAGGCUGUCAACUCUCCCCCGAUGGUUUAUGUGUCUCCCACUAUUACACGCGAAGACGUUAAGGAUGUCGUACAGGAGGUUUUAAAGGAUACCUUAAAUAAUUUGUUCGCAAAAAUGAAUGAUAACAUUGUGAACGCAAUUAAUAAUGAAUUAAAACCUCUAAAGGAUGAAAUUACGGCUCUUAAGAAUUCUAUGAUGUUUAUUAGUGAUCAAUACGAAGACAUUAAGAAGAAUUAUGACGCGUCUCAAUUAAAAAUUUCCGCUCUUGAGAAAGAAAAUGAUGGCUUGGUACAUACAGUUUCUAGUCUUGAGCAUCGUUGUAACCAAAUAGAACAACAGCUUCGUCAGAAUAACAUAGAGAUACAAUGUAUACCCGAAAAUAAGAAUGAGAACUUAUUGCAUAUUAUUAAAAACCUUGGUAAUGUUGUUGGCUGCCCCUUAGAAGAUCAAAGCAUAAUUCAUUGUACCCGUAUCUCAAAGAUUAACAAGACUAGUCCCCGUCCUAGAUCUGUUAUUGUACAAUUGUCAUCUACAAGACUUCGUGAUCAAGUCAUAGCUGCGGUUCAAAAUUAUAAUAAAAAGCAUGAUAAAAAUAGAAUAAACAGCGGCCUUAUUGGGGUUUCAGGAAAUCCAUCAACUAUAUACGUUAGUGAACAUUUAUCACCAUUCUAUAAAGGAUUACACGCAGCAGCUCGUCUAAGAGCCAGAGAAAAGGGAUACAAGUUUGUCUGGAUACGGGGUGGACGUAUUUUUAUGAGGAAGAAUGAGGAAGCCCCAUAUAUUCUAGUCCAGAACUUUAAUGUUUUAGAUAAGUUAGACUAA